AAUAUGGUAUUUUGAAGCUUCUAAUAUUUUCAGUAUUACUAGUUUAAUUAAUGCAUAUAUUAUAUGUACAUUUUUAACUAUUAUUCUGAACAUUUUUAAAGUAGUUUACUAUAUUCCUCUUAUAUAAAAAUAGUUUCAUAGUCCUCAGUGUCCUUCAUUCCUUGAAACUGCCAUUCAUGAACCAUUUUACCUUAGUAAGCCUUUUCAUUGAGCUAGAUUUCAGCGAAGGGGUUUAUCUGGGACUGAGUUUGAGAUGCCUGGGAAUCUCUAAACAAAGAUGUCCAAUAGAUAACAGGAUAUAGGCCUAGAAUCUUUGAGAGGUAACAGUUGAGAACAGAGAGUAAUAACAGUUUGGGAGUCAUAAUACAUAAUUGUUUGUUGUUGUCACAACCCAUGGAGGGUGUACAAAGAAGCAUUCUGAACUGAGGUUGAAUGAUGAGGUGAAUAAAGGGGGAGGAGCCUGAGUAUCUAAGAGCUAGAAGGAAAUAAAAAAAAUAUAUAACUUAGUAAACCAAAGGAAGAGAAUUUCAAAAAGAAAUAAACAUAGCCAGAGAUGAGAAAUUUCUGGCAAGAUGAAAAACAGUGCUCUUUGGGGUGUUAAUACCAUUUAUGAGCUUAAUGAAGCAUUUUUUUGUGAAGUGGUUCAAUUGGAAGAUAGAUUGCAAUAGCUUGAGGAGCAACAGGAAGAUCAGAAGUUGAAUCAAUGAAUGUACCCUCUCAGGAAGCAUAGUAUAAACAAAGAGAAUAAUGGCCCCAUAACUAGAUGGGGACUUAGGCAUUUUUUAUAUCCCAGACUCCACUUCCUCAUUUAUGAAAGGAGAAAAAUAAUGCCUGGUUAGUAGUAUCACGAGGAUUAAAAUCUAUUACUAAUUGAAUGCUCUUGUGUCCUUUCCCUAGCUCAAGAUUUUUUUUAAUUUUUUUUUUUUUUUUUUUGUACAUACCUGAGUUUGACCUCAGGAAAAUUAACAUCAUUCCUUUAGCACUUAGAACAAGGACAGUUUAAGUUUGGUCUGGGAAUAAAUGUAAUUAAGGCAGAAUAUUUCUUACCCCACCUUGCAAACCAAAGAAAUGGCCUCCAAUGGAGAUUCUAGGAGCAAAUGCCACUUGUUUUGUGAGUCAGUUUGACACACUAAGAAUUCCUGUUAUGGAUUACUUCAAUAUUCAAACAUUUCUUUAAAUUCAGUUCUUGAAAUUUCUUGCCACUUUUCAUGUUUUCAAUUGAAGAUUUCAAAAAGCCAAAUGAGCCUGUGCUUAAAUGGACAUGACAUAACAAUCGCUGCCAGCUCAUAGGGACAUAGGCAGAAACAGGGAAAGCUCAGUCCACGCUGCAGGUGCAGGAAGCAGGUAACAACCUUGAGUUACUCUAUCAAAUUCAAGGCUUGGAGUUCCCAGAUUUCCCAAGCAGACAGUGAUAGAGGCCACAACGAAAGGCUCAUCUCAAGUUACCAACUCUUCAGGAAGAAGCAGCUUUAAGAGAAAGAUUGAAGCAAAAUGACAGCUUCUCAAUUUGACUGUCAAUACUGCUCAGCAUCACUUCUUGGGAAGAAAUUUAUGCUAAAGGAUGGCAAUCCAUACUGCAUCAAAUGUUAUGAUCGCGUCUUUUGUAACUAUUGUGAGGAGUGCAAAGAAGCAAUUGAAUCAGGUUCCAAGGAUCUUUGUUACAAAGGCCGGCACUGGCAUGAAAGAUGCUUCAACUGUGCCAAAUGCAAUCACUCUUUGGUGGAAAAGCCUUUUGCUGCCAAGGAUGAGCGCCUGCUCUGCUCGGAGUGCUAUUCCAAUGAGUGCUCCUCCAAGUGCUUCCACUGCAAGAAGACCAUCAUGCCUGGUUCCCGCAAAAUGGAAUUUAAGGGAAACUACUGGCAUGAAACCUGUUUUGUGUGUGAACAUUGCCGACAGCCAAUAGGAACUAAACCUUUGAUUUCCAAAGAGAGUGGCAAUUACUGUGUGCGGUGUUUUCAGAAGGAGUUUGCUCACUACUGCAACUUUUGUAAGAAGGUGAUAACUUCAGGUUGGAUAACAUUUCAUGACCAGCCAUGGCAUAAAGAGUGUUUUCUGUGUAGCGGCUGCAGGAAAGAGCUCUGUGAUGAAGAGUUUAUGUCCAGAGAUGAUUAUCCAUUCUGCUUGGACUGCUACAACCAUCUUUAUGCCAAAAAGUGUGUAGCCUGCGCCAAACCCAUUACUGGUCUCAGAGGUGCCAAGUUUAUCUGCUUUCAAGACCGUCAGUGGCACAGCGAAUGCUUUAACUGUGGGAAGUGCUCAGUCUCCUUGGUGGGGGAAGGCUUCCUGACCCAGGACAAGGAAAUCUUCUGCCGCAAAUGUGGCUCCGGGGUGGAGACUGACAUCUAGACGGAGACAGUCCUUCCCUUCCUAACAUCCACCUUGCUUUUGUUCUCACUAAAUCCAGAACUUGGUUGAAGUCUUGGUUGUAUUUCUGACUUGAGUUUUAGAAAAUAUUAAUGUAAACUUCAUAGCAGAAGGGUUUUGCACACAUUUUGAUUGAACUGUAUUAUAAGAACUCAAAAAAAGCACAGUCUAACGGAAAUGAAUGUAUACUAAAUCACAAAGGAACCUCUGCUUGCAAAAUACUGCACUCUGCUGUUAGAAAUAAUAGGAGCAUAUCUCUUUAUUGUAACCAAGUAGAGCACCUAUACAUAGAAGUCAUGGAUGUUAGUACUGAAGACAGAUGUCGUUCAAAACUGCAGAGUAAAAAGGAAAUUAAGAGAUCAAAUUAAAAGGCAUAUGUAAGACUAAUGUUUGUGCUCCUACCAAACUAGUGAUACAUAUGGUGGUAUGAAUAAUAAAACAGUGAUCCGGGAAAACUGAUCAGCAAUCCGCACAUUUAAGAAUUCUGUCAUUUUAUCAUUCUUUUAUUACACAUACUGGCUUUGAAAAACAAAACUGCAAUUUGCCCUCAUCCACACUGCUUCCACAGCUCAUUGGUUCCCAUGGUU